ACGUGUCACCAGCUCGGCUCCGGGAGCUCCGCCGCCGCCGCGUUUGUGGACUCGCGCGGGAGAGGACUUGAGUCUGGACCGGACCCCGCGGAGGGCAGAGCCGGGAGAGGAGGGAGAGAAGGCGGCUGAGCAGAGCGCGGCGGCGAGAGCCAUCCAGGUCGCUCAUUGCUCUCGGGUGUUGGCUAACGUUGUGGUUUUGAGAAAGCCUGAGGGCCAGAAAGCAGUCCUGGGAGAAGCCCUCUGGGUGGGCAGUCGGAACCUUCAGGUCCAGAGGAGAAGCCGUCCCCUCACCUGGACUUAUGACCCGCGGCUUCGCCCCCAGCCUGCCUGUCGAGUUCCCCAAGAUGGGCUCUUUCCGCAGGCCCAGACCGCGCUUCAUGAGCUCCCCGGCGCUCAGCGACCUGCCCCGCUUCCAGGCAGCCCGCCAGGCUCUGCAGCUGAGCUCCAACUCGGCCUGGAACAGUGUCCAGACUGCCGUGAUCAAUGUCUUUAAAGGGGGCGGCUUGCAAAGCAAUGAGCUCUACACACUGAACGAAAACAUCAGGCGGCUGCUGAAGAGUGAACUUGGAUCGUUCAUUACAGACUAUUUUCAGAACCAGCUUCUAGCAAAAGGACUGCUGUUUGUGGAGGAGAAGAUUAAGCUGUGUGAAGGUGAAAAUCGCAUUGAGGUUCUGGCUGAAGUCUGGGACCACUUCUUCACUGAGACUCUCCCCACCCUGCAGGCAAUAUUCUAUCCAGUUCAGGGCCAGGAGCUGACCAUCCGCCAGAUCUCCCUGCUGGGCUUCCGCGACCUGGUCCUGCUGAAGGUGAAGCUGGAUGACUUGCUGCUGCUGGCCCAGCCCCAGCUGCCCUCGUCCAUUGUCCAGAUGUUGCUCAUCCUGCAGAGUGUUCACGAGCCCACAGGCCCAAGUGAGGGUUAUUUGCAGCUGGAGGAGCUGGUGAAGCAGGUCGUUUCUCCUUUCCUCGGCAUCAGCGAGGACCACAGCGUCUCAGGCCCCACGUACACACUGGCCAGGCGCCACUCCAGGGCCCGGCCCAAGGUCAUGCUCUUGAACUACGCCUCCCCGAUGACCACCGUCAGCCGGCCCCUGAACGAGAUGGCCCUGACCCCCCUGACAGAGCAAGAGGGGGAGGCCUACCUAGAGAAGUGUGGCAGUGUCCGGCGACACACGGUGGCCAAUGCCCACUCGGACAUCCAGCUGCUGGCCAUGGCCACCAGGAUGCACUCGGGCUUAGGGGAGGAGCCUGGCGGCGAGGACAAGUGCCUGCUUCUGCCACCCAGCUUCCCGCCACCCCACCGGCAAUGCUCCAGUGAGCCCAACAUCACUGAUGGCCCCGAUGAGCCGGAGCAGGUGGCAGCGGGCAGCCAGGAGGACUCAGAGCUGAACUGUGCAUCCCUCAGCUGAAUGCCCACCUCGGGGACCUCCCAGCUCCUGCCUGGCCACCAGGAUGAGGGCGGCUUCAUCCCCGAGGACCGCCGAGGGGAGCUCUUCCUUUGGGCAAUGUUGCCUUAUGCCUUUCCAGGUACAGGCUAGUCUGAGCGCCCUAGGGAAAAUCCCUGUCGUGAGCCUCUCCAUUUUCGUGACUGUGACCACUUACCUCUUGGCGGCCACACAGAUUCAACUGCCUAAUGUUCACCUUCUGAAUUUCAGCCUUGCCUGCCUGACUCAAUUCAAAUCCUCCUCUCUGGGCUUUUCCCCUCAGAUAUUGGACUAUCUGAUCCUCCCAGCCCUAUAUUGCAGUGCCCCUGGUGUUCCUAUAGCAGGAAGUCGUCUGACCCACACACACAGCCAGCAAGGAUGUGUUGGCAUGUGGAGUUCCCCUUGAGGGUCCUUGUGAUGCAGAGGCCGAUGGGUGAAAAGAAGCAAUAGAGAGGUACCUCUUCUCUCCAUCUUGUGUGGAGUAAAGGUAGACUGCAGCCCCUCCCAAGCCUGACUCUGGGAAUGCAGCUUUCAUUUAAGUUUCAGAAUUACUGGGAAAGAGUGGCCCCACUGGUGGGUGAGGGUCCAUCCUCACCUAUAUCCAGACCCUAUGUGCGGCCUUUGGCUUUUGGCCCAGGAGGGCCACAGUGCUGGAGGAACCCCAUCUUUGAUUAAGCCUCAGCAUUCCCCCCUCAGGCUUCCUUCCCGAUUCAAGGAACUAACCUUCCUGGUGGAGUAGCUGGUGCCUUCCUCCCUUUCUCAUUUCAGAAACUGACCCUUUUCCUAUUGUGGGGAAGGGGCAUGCUGAUACCAACCAACCAGUCUGUUCCUGGAUUUGACUUGAAUUGUUUAAAUGUGCAUCAUUUCAAAAAUAAAUUGCUUGCAAGUAUUUGCACGUAGGAUCUUGCACCACUCAUUUCCAAUGGGGUGUGUCUUCAAACUGAAAAAUAGCAAACCCCCUAGGAAAGGAGACUGGAAGUGGUCCAGGGUGAAAGUGAUCCGUGGUGGGCAGGGCUCAGAGGCCGCAGAGCUCUGGAAGCAGCUGGACUUGAAUCCAGUGUGGCCUGUGUUUGUGAGUGUUGUGGUUUAUAGGAAAAGCUGCGUUGAGAUAGAGAGACUCAGCUUGCCUCAUGAGCGGAGAGUUCUAGUAAAUGGGAUGUCUCAGCGCUCUACAGUGCAGGGAGCUGGGAAAGAUGUGGGCAGGACCUUUUGGAGAGAUGUCCAUUCCCUGUGAUUAAAGAAGUGCCUGGAAUGUAUAACCUGUGGGGCCUUGAAAUGUUUUUUGGGGCAGCAGGCUUUGGUACUGUGCUAUAUAUAUUCUCAGCACUCCUCCCUCCAUCCAGUUCUGGGCUUUUUAUCUCCUUUGGCCUCCCUGUUCUUUUUGUAUUUGCCUGUUGGCCCCGCUGAUAACAGCUCCAGAAAAAAGAGAAGGCCCCUGGGCCCUUCUGACACCUUCUAGGUAUCCUGUUAAUCUUUGGAAACUUUGUUUAUGAAAUGUCAGAGACAUGAGCCAGUUUGGCUUCCAAUAUGGCAGGAGGUGGCCGGGAGAGAAUGAGGACAGUUUAAGCUGCCAACAGAGGAAACCUUCUAAGCUCAUCUAAGCCUUGACAGCAUUUCUCCUCUGGGUGAAGAUUUGAAAUAUGACUAGAGUCAUGCUUUUGAUGGCUUUUGAUUUGGACAGUUUGUUUAAAAAGUUGUUUUGUUUUCAUCCUUUUAAGAGAUUGAUAGAAAUGUCCAAAGGAGAUCUGCUGAGAAUUUCAAACAAAAAAUAUGUGUAUGCGUUGGAUAAAGUCCACAAAUUCACUAACAGGUAUCAGUAGGUAACAACAUGAUGAUUUAUUUAACUGAUGGCUUCUGUCCUCAUUGGUACACUUAGCACUUGGGACUAGUAUUUAUUGAUCCAGGCAAAGUAAUUAAUCAUGCUUGGGUUUGCUUUUUUAGUUUACAACCUGAAUGAUAUAUAUGUCUUUAAAUGCUUUUUCCACACACUAAAUGCCCCUGAUGGGGACAUCAGUCAUCAGUUAAAUAUGUGAGCUCUUAGGUUGAGAAUGGGAGUGUCAGUACAGACCCAGUGUACUUAAUUGCUAAUGAAUGUUAGCCAGUUUACAACUUUACCUUUGAUGUACACACCUGAUAUUUGUACAGUAUUUCACACUGUACAUAUAAAAAUUGUGCUGAUGUCUAUGAGCAUUCUAGCCAUCAGAGCUAUUGCAAGAGCGACAACCAUAGUGUUGUUUUAUGGUUUUUUUUUUAAGUUUUAUUAUUAUUUUUGGCUGCAUUGGGUCUUUGUUGCUGCGCGGGCUUUCUCUAGUUGUGGCGAGCGGGGGCUACUCUUCAUUGUGGUGUGCGGGCUUCUCAUUGUGGUGGCUUCUCUUGUUGUGGAGCACGGGCUCUAGGUGCGCCGGUCUCAAUAGUUGUGGCAUGCGGGCUCAGUAGCUGUGGCGCACGGGCUUAGUUGCUGCACAGCACGUGGGAUCUUCCCGGACCAGGGAUUGAACCCGUGUCCCCUGCAUUGGCAGGCGGAUUCUUAACCACUGCGUCACCAGGGAAGUCCAACCAUAGUGUUUUAAACCAUUUUUUCUCCCCUUCACAAGAUGAAGAUUCGUUUUCGUUAUUUAAGCUAGGAUCUUCCGGUGGCUGAGGUUUAAUGACAGGAAAUGAUCAUGACUCUUAAACUCCGAGUGGGCUCGAAACC